CUCUGAUCCGUGUAACUUUUUGUAUAAAAAUCCUUAAUUGACGGACAAUGUCGCAACUUUUUCUUAAUUUUACUUUAUUCUACUUACUCUGAUGAUACGGCUGACAAGUGCAAUCGUCGGCCAUGUUGCCUACUUUAUUCUUCUUGCAAUGGCUUCUUCCAAACUCGUUUACGCUGAAAGCGACAGUCCUCAAGCUUAUAAGAUGGGAGACCCUGUCCCUGUAAAAUUUAACAAGUUUAUAUCAUCAUACAGGCCGUUGACGUUUGCAUAUGACGAUCUUCCAUUUGUCUGCCCACGAUCGGCCUCCAGCAAGAAACAUGAAGGGCUCAAUAUCGGCCAAAUAUUACAGGGCGACAGUUGGACAACUACCGAUCACCAGAUUUUUAUGGGCAGAAACGAGUCGUGCAAGACUUUAUGCACGGUGGAAUUGAUACCUAAAUCGAGCAAGAGAUUGGUAUCAAUGGCGCUCGAUUCAUAUAAAACCCAAUGGAUAAUCGAUAAUGCUCCUGUUUACUAUAAGCUUUUGAAUAAGGACCCCAUUCUAAUCCCUCUUCCAACGCCGUUUGUUCCCUUGGUGCAUACUCCACACCUCUUGCUAAAAAAUAGUGAUAAUCUAAGCGAUGUGCAAGUGCCGAUAUUGAACCACUUGUCGUUUUUCAUUGACUAUCUGCCUGAUCCGGAUGAUCAUUUGAAAGCUUACAUUGUUGCAGUGACUUCAACGGCUAUAUCCAUCGAGGAUCCAAGUCAAUGUACAUCACCAGCAGCGAGCGCCUCCAAUGUGCCACCAAAACUACUAAGGGCGAAUGAAGCGACACAUUUGACCUAUUCGUACUCGGUAUUUUGGCGUGAAAGCUCCAAUCACUCGCCGAGUCGCUGGGACAACUUGAGUGGACCUUACAUUCACUGGCGUUUCAUUUGGAGAACGGUGUAUAUUUCAAUCCUUAUCACCGGUAUUCUUGCUGCCAUUAUGGCCAAAAAAGUGCGAAUGGAUAUUCAAGAUACUGGUGAUAGCGAAAGUAGGACGGCUAUUCCCGGUUCCUUUGUUCUCUACGUAACGCAUGGUGCAUGGAAGUCCGUCCAUGCAGACGUGUUUCGAUCUCCGCGAUUCACGACGUUGUUGAUCGCGCUACUGGCUUUCGGUGCUCAAUUCGCGUGCACCUUGACUACCCUGGUUUUGAUUAUGAUGUGUGGUUUCCUGGGUCCGGCAUACCGUGGCGGAUUAAUGACGAUUGGUUUCGUUCUGUAUCCAUUUUUCGGAUUGGUUUCUGGUUUUGUAACAGGGUACAUGCACUCGCUACUUCAAUGUCAGAGGUCAUUGUUAUAUCACACUUUUCAGUCCGUAGUAUUGGUGCCUGGAUUUUUACUGGCGACUCGAUUCACGAUAAGUUGCAUUGCGUGGGCUGAUGGAUCAUCGUUAGCUAUUCCUUUCGGUACAUGGACGGUCGUGGUCAUUGUUGCUUUUGGGGUCAAUGGGUUUUUCACAAUGAUGGGAGCGAUCAUCAGCCGCCGAAAAUCCUACACUAUACCAGUGGAAGUUUCCGACACGGUCAGAGAAGUCCCGCCCAGGCCAUGGUUCCUGAAGCUCUAUGUUACCAUACCUAUAUGCGCACUAUUGCCUUAUGUUAUCUACAUGAUGGACUAUACUACGGUGGUAUCGCAUCUGUGGAGUGACGAAUUCUAUUGGGUUUAUGGAUACCUUGCUUUGAUAACAUUGAUGACAUUCCUUGUCUCCAUCGAAUCAACGUUGACAAUAACUUAUUUAUGCCUGAAUUAUGGGGAUUAUCAUUGGUGGUGGCGCUCAUUCAUCCACUCGGCUUCUUCCGCUAUUGGAAUCAUGAUCAUAUCUUCCGGGGAUACUUUUUCGGGCGGUGUCGGUGAGGCGUUGAUGAUUUUCGGAUACAGUCUGAUGGGUACUGUGCUAUUUGCUGUUUUGUUGGGCACCCUUGGUUUUCUGAGCACAUUCAUGCUUCUCCGCAUUAUCUAUAGCUCUAUCAAGAGCGAUUAACCACAGCUCUUCUCUUUCACGAUAGCCUACUAGGGUACUGUUAUAUUGAGAUUGAAGCAAGCGGACAAAAAACACUCUUUCCAUUAUAAAUAUGGCUCAAAAAGUGAAUUUCGGCUUUCUUAACAACCUCGUAGGAGAUUGAGUGCAGAAUAAUAAAAAUAGAUGGAACCCCAGUCGAUAGAGAUGCCUGGAUACAAUUUCCAGUCCCCGUGCCGAAUCGAAUCAUCUGACAACCACUGAUUCCAUAUUUAGUAUAGAGCGUUAAACUGCGAGAGGAUGGAUACGAAUCAAUUAACGGAACCGAUGCGAUUUGUUCCUGUAUU